UAGCGUGUGGUUGCUGAGAUAAACAACAUGGCGGACCUCAUCAAUCGGGUUGGGUCGCCCAUGGACAUUUGCGAAGAAAGUCUUGAUGAGGCGCCAGAUAAAAUUGAGAAAAGGAAAAGGCUGUUAACACUCAAACAACGAACACGAUCACCAUUUCUGAUUGGUUCCAUAGAAGCUGUAAACAAGAAAAUCAGCAGUUUGGAUCGUAAGCUUCAGGGGUACACUCAGCUGGUGUGUGAGAGUCGUGCCGCCAGCCAUGCAGACCUUGCUGAUCUGUUCCCGACCAGUGCUAUGGGUCGGGACAGGUAUCAUCAGAGAGAAAGGGAGACGAAAGAAGUUAACUGUUUUGCUGGAAUCUACACAUUCAAGUCCACCCUUGUCCCCGGACUCAGUCAGAGGGUGAAACACAUAUCUAAAAUCAGCAUGCAGCCCAGCAAGACAGCUCUCAGUGCCAAGAAAGAGACCGGCAAGCCCAAAUUUGUGGAACUGCAUCAGUAUCCAGGCUACGACCCGACAGAGUUAACUCCCCUGCCUGAUGGGAUCGCUGCAGCAGAUAUGCUGAACAAUGCAGCCGGGGCCUCCAUGGCGCUCGAUCGUAAACCGCACUUCAAGCCGGAGUUCGACCACCUGUUCUACUCACAGAUGUCACAGGCAGUACUGCAGGAUCUAUUCUGGUACUACUUCCUGGAGAAGUUCCAGUCCAGUCGCAACUCCCAGGUGAAGCUAUUCAACCGUAUCGCCCACAACUAUGUGAAGCUGAUGAUCUAUGCCAAGAACCCCGUCUACAGAGACACCUUCCUCAAGGAGUACCCCAUGCUGAUGUGCCAGGCAGUCUACUCCGCCUUCUGCCAUGCCUUCCCCGAUUCAUACCGCCAGUUUGGAGAGGUCUUCAAGGAUGACCUUGUGGCCCUCAUCAUGGAGUGGAUGACCGGGCUGCGUCUAGCCCCAAGGGUGUGGCUGACAUGGAACAUGGAGCAUCUGGAGCCAGCCAACAUCAAGAUGAGGGAAGAAAUACUCUCACAGAAAAACAAGAAGUCCAGCACGGCAAUCAACUUUGACUUCCUGGACAAUCUGGUGUCCAGCGUCCCGAGUCAGUACACAUCCAAUACCUCCCUCAACCAGUCAGGCUCGCGGUCGUCUCUCUCCUCAAACUGGACUCAGAAGAAACAUGUACCCAGGAUACCUCGCAUUCGUAAAAGCACUCAGUCUAUGUCUCGUAAAGUUUCCACUCUGAAAGUUGUCUCCCCUGCAUCCUCCCAGGAUUCCCAUGUGAUUGAUACAGUUGCCGACGCACAGGUCAGUCCAAGGAAACCGUCGCAGAAGUUGCUGGACCCUCGGAAGUUGUUGGAGGCCCUGACUCCGAUCCGAGAAAUGACAGGGGAAGAUGACGAGCCCCACCCAGACAUGGAGGACAAGAAGCUCUCUCAGAUGUCAACAUCCGCAGCCAAGGAGGUCUCACACUCCCGGGACAAUGCAGGCAAAAUCGAGUCGCACCCUGCAUGUCGUGGCCCCGACUUUGUGAGAUCUGCCUUCAACAUCAGUGGCCACAGUCCCUUGGUGGCACACUUCAUGAGGAUGAAGAACCUGACGGCAGAGCCUGGUGUCAACUUUCGGGUACAGAGGACGGAGAUAGAAAACCUACCAGCUCUAGAUACCCCAACCUACCGGGACGUGAUCCGUACAUCUCUUAAGACUAUCAAAGACAUAGAGCAGCAGUUCUCACAAAUGUACACAAGGAACAUGCGAGAGAAUGCGGUGUUUGUGAAGAAGCAGAAUGCCAUCAUGCGGGAGCACGUGCAGAAAGAAUCAGCCCUACUGUCACGACCUAAGGAGGUCAAACGGCUCAGUGAUCUGCUCAUUCUGGAACAGAGAAAAGGUCAAGAUUCUAUAUCUGCCGGAGCAGAUGCCGCCAUAGAAGCAGCACUAAUGGCCCAAGAGUGAGGCUGUUGGAGACGCAGCAUGAUCCCACCUGAUCCAACAUUGUCUGUGAUACACCCAGUGCGUCUGUGAUACACCCAGUGCUUCUGUGAUACUUCACUGUUGUUGACUUUACAGUAUCUGUACAUAACCCAAUAUGUAGUGUCUUCACUGUGCAAUAUGAUAUGGUAGAUGCUUGUUUGGAAAAUCUACAAAUUUUAUAAACCUUGUUCUAUAACCAAAGAUUAAAUUUGUGUUGCAAGCCGUGUAAUCCAUAUUGACCAGCUGACUUUUAUGUGAUAAUUUUGUUAAACAGUGUGUGUAUACAUGUGCUAUUGUGUUAUGUUUGUCAGGUAUUUUAUACAAAAAAAGUUAUGACUACAUGACAUACAUAUUAUAAAUUUAUUUGCAUAACAUCUUCAUCAAUCACCUUUACAUAAGCACUUUAAUGAUGUGAAAUUAAACGUUUACAGGCCACUAAUUGAGGACACAACACCACGCUCACAUUAAGACAUUUCACACAGAAACAUCAAAAUGCAUUAUAAAAUUUCAACAAGACAGGCAUGACUCUGAAUAAGCUCACAUCAGCCAAAUAUGUCACUGAGUGAAACAUUGGUGAUUCUGUCAUUGCCAAAUUCUCUGCAUUUUGUUGGGAAAACAAUUAUACCCAAAGGAUUGUUCAUUGUUGUUCAAAGAGGUAAUAGAGGAUUUGAGAUUUCCUGAGUAAACUGUCAUGAUUAAAACAAACAUUUGUAGAUUUAUCAGUGUUCCCAUUUAAAGGUAAUUACCAGUUUUUUACCGGUAAAAUUAGGCUUGGACCGGUAAUUCAUGUGACUGCCAGUCCCUGUGGCCAGGCAAAUAUAGUAUUUAAUAAAUCUGUGAUAUUCAUACAAGUAUAUGUUUCGAAUACAGUCAGCUUGUCUGAUGCCGUCAGGGUUUCCCCUUGUUGAUUUUUAGUACAAGAAAAUAACAUUCUGCUUUGAGGUUAAAAGUAUAUUUGUAGUGACUUCAUCUUGAAAUAUUAAAAACAAAAAGGAGAAAAAGGACUGAACUUUGUGUGAAUGAUGUGCAGAUCUAACUAAGUCACUUCAGCAUGUUCAGAGAUGAAAUGAACGUGAUUUUGAAAGAAUUAAAAGCAGGUAAUAUUCAUACGUUUUUUUACAUGUUUAAAGUUG